UUGUUAUACAUGAAUUUUAAAAAGUUCCUAGAUGAAAAUUUACUAAAUACACAUGUUAUCGAUAAUGCUAUCGUGUCAAAUAAGUGCACAUAUCUUCGACCGAUAAUUAUGCAUUUUAAUUCAUAAUUGAAGUGUAUACAUUCUAUAUUAUGCAAUAUUAUAAUUAUGCAAAUAUAAAACGUUCUUAAGAAUGUUACAAAUGUGUGUAAACAUUGUCAAUAUAAUUAUAGCUACAAAGUAUAUGUAUACUUGACAGAUAUACAAUCUUCAAUAUUAGUAGAAGAAAUAUUUCUUAUAUAGCAACGUAUAAAUGAAGAUAAUUUAUUAAAGCAGGUAUAAAAAUUAGAUAAAAAAUUAGAAAUAUGUUACUCCAACAACUUGCAGAUUUUUUGAGCCUUAUAACAAUAGGUAUGUGUUUCAUAUUAAAGAUUCCUCAAAUUUUGAACUUACUGACUGCUAAAUCAGCAGAUCAAAUUUCAAUUGUAAGUCUUUUAUUAGAAUUAACUAGCUACACAGUGAUGACUAGUUAUAAUUUCACAAAUGGUUAUUCAGUAUUAUCUUAUUUGGAAUAUCCUAUUAUUCUAUUGCAGGAAUAUAUUCUAAUCUUUCUAGUCUUAAAAUACUUAAAUAAAAUAAAUAUAUUUUCAAUUCUAGUCUCAAUAUUAUAUAUUGUUACAAGUAUUUCUCUUGCAAUGCAACUCAUACCAAAAUUCGUACUUACGAUUUUAGCGCCGCUGUGUACCCCAAUUUCUGUCUCAAGUAAGAUUAUUCAAUUAUUGGCAAUUAUUCGAGCGAAAAAUGCAGAUACAGUAUCGCCAAUUACAUGGUUUAUCUCUGCGUUUACUAAUUUGACGAGAGUGUUUACCAUAUGGAUGGAUUCAGCAGAUAUUUUACUACUGGGAAAUUUUAUUAUUUCUGUAAUUUUAAGUUCAAGUAUUAUGUUUUUCGCUAUUUAUUAUAAGCGAAUAAAACAAGAUUAAGAAGAUUGUCUUAAUAAUUACAAAAAUUGAUCUAAUCAAA